AUGACGUGCUUAGAUUUGGGUGUGAAAGACAUAAAGAAAGUGGAAAUGAGACAUGAGGAGGAACAGUAUUUGGAUUUGAUUCGGGAUAUACUUGGUAAGGGAGCUGAUAAGGAAGAUCGGACUGGGACUGGGACUAUUGCUGUUUUUGGUAAUAUGGCUAGAUAUUCGCUUAGAGAUAAUACUUUUCCUCUUUUAACAACUAAACGGGUUAAUCUGCGCUUGGUAAUUGAAGAACUACUCUUCUUUGUACGAGGUGAAACUGAUAAUCGGAUUUUGAAAGAGAAAAACGUACAUAUCUGGGAUCUUAAUGGGACGAAAGAGUUUUUGGCUUCUCGUGGGAUUUCGCGACGAGAAGAUGAUUUGGGACCUAUCUAUGGAUUUCAGUGGCGGCAUUUUGGGGCGCAGUAUACGACCUGUGAAGCUGAUUAUGCUAAUCAAGGAGUUGACCAGCUUAAUUGGGUUAUUAAUGAACUGAAACAAAAUCCAACUAGUCGGCGUUUGGUGGUAUCGGCUUGGAAUCCGUGUGCUUUAUCUGAGAUGGCUUUGCCGCCUUGCCAUGUUUUGUUUCAGUUUGCAGUUACGGGUGGCCGGCUUAACUUAAUGCUCUAUCAAAGAUCGGGUGAUGUUGGUUUGGGAGUGCCUUUUAAUAUUGCUAGUUAUUCGUUGCUUUUGAAGAUGGUAUCUUACUUGACUAAUAUUCCUGAGGGUGAGUUUGUGCACACGAUUGGUGAUGCUCAUAUCUAUCGCAACCAUAUUGAACAACUUACGGAGCAGGCAACACGUACACCGCGGGCAUUUCCUAAGGUACGUCUUGCUCCUGCUACGCCGCGUAAGUCUAUUCAGGACUUCCAGGUCGAAGACUUUGUUCUGGAAGACUACGAGCCGCAUCCUCCCAUUAAAAUGAAGAUGUCAGCUUAG